AUGUCGAACGAAAUGGAAGUCGACCCUCCUGUCGCCCAGGACGGUGCUCCCUCGCAAUCCGAGCCCCAAACCAAUGCAGGCGCUGUUGCUGUGCGCAGUAUCGAGGGAUGGAUCGUGGCUGUAACGAACAUUCACGAGGAGGCUGCCGAGGAGGAUGUGACCGAUCUUUUUGCGGAUUACGGAGAACUCAAGGACUUUCAAUUGCCUCUCGAUCGACGAUCAGGCUACGCGAGGGGUUAUGCCUUGCUGGAAUACGCAACUCUUCCCGAGGCCGAAGCGGCCAUCAAGAACCUGAACGGCUACAAGCUGCUGGACCAGACGAUCGCCGUUGACUACGCCUUCGUUCGCCCGCCCCCAUCUGGAAAGUCUAACGAUGGAGGCCCCAAGGGUGGUCGUGGAGGCCGGGGUCGCAGCCGCAGCCCUGGCCGCAAUCGCAGUCGCAGCCCGGAUGCGGACCGCAACUAG